UUCCCAUCCACAUAAUUCAAAUUUCCAACCUCGGCUACCAUCCCACCAUGUUGGUUUGAAUUUUGAAUGUGCUUGCUCGGGAGGGAAAACGAAAAUUUUUGCUGUCUAUAUAUGGACGUGGCGCGGGGGAGUGGAAAUAGAUCCAAACGAGAGUAGAGAUGGCGGCAAGCAGCACAGUUUCGCCAGCUUCAGAGCUGACCGAAACAUCUGGCUCCACCUUGACACUAGGCGGGGUGCAGGUGGUUAAUGAAGCUGUAGGGCUGGAUGCUCUCGUUUUCCCUGAUCCUUCAUCUGUAGUUGACAGUCUGGUCGAUGAGGCUAGUGUGAUGGCGCAAGGCGCAGGGGCCGAAGAAGAGGUUGUUUCCGGUGGUGCAUCAUUUGAAAAUGCUGAUCCGGACACGGAGAUCCCGCAGUGGUGGUUGGAGGAAGAGACAGCGGAUUUCGACCCUUGCAUGGCGCAUGCGGGGGCGGUGGGCGCAUGCAAGCUGUAGUAUGGGGAUCACAUGUCAGGAACGUGGGAUGCUGAAGCUGGGUGUGAGGAAGAUGACGCUGAGAGCCCUCCAUGCAAGCGUCCAAGGAUAUGAUAUUUUCAACGACAUAAUGUAUUAGGUUGAUGCAUGCUAGUGUUUGAGGCCGUGUGUGUUGCUUAGAAUGUCAACUAAACAUACUUCAAGGUGUUAGUGGUGUUGUUCGCCACGUGCAUUUUUCAGUUUCAUUCUCACUCUGUGUGUGUC